AUGUCGGCAAAACCAUUGGCUCGCGAGCGCAAGCCUUCUAUCGGCGCCCAUGUCGCAGACUUGCGGCCCGUGGGACCGGGCUUCAGUCGGCCCAAGCAUAAAAGAACGUUUACUGGGUUGGGACCGUCUGAGAUCAAGGCUGUUGAAGCGAGUAUCCCGGAGUCGCUUAGGGAGACAUGGAGAAAACACUCGGCGCAGGGUUUCGUGGACAAAGAUGGAUUUGAGCGAGAAUUCGUCCAGCAUAUUGAAACCACCCUUGCGCGCUCUUUAUACAAUUGUGAUGAACUAGCGGCGUACUCUGGCACUGCGCUGGCGUUUCGAGACAAACUGAUCAUCGAGUGGAACAAAACUCAGCAGCGUCAGACUUUUGUCGACCAGAAGCGCGUGUACUAUUUGUCUCUGGAGUUCCUGAUGGGCAGAGCGCUCGACAAUGCCAUGUUGAAUAUCGACAAGAAGGAAGCUGCCAGAGAUGGCCUGGGAGAGCUUGGUUUCCGCAUUGAAGAUAUCAUCAACCAGGAGCACGAUGCCGCCCUGGGAAAUGGAGGCCUAGGACGUCUGGCUGCCUGUUUACUCGACAGUAUGGCUACUCUGAAUUAUCCAGCCUGGGGCUAUGGUCUUCGCUACCGGUAUGGUAUAUUCAAGCAAGAGAUCAUCGACGGGUAUCAGGUCGAAGUCCCCGACUACUGGCUCGACUUUAAUCCAUGGGAGUUCCCACGACAUGAUGUCACCGUCGAUAUUCAAUUCUAUGGCCAGUCUAUCAGACAUCAGGAUGAAAAUGGUAAAGUCAAGUACGACUGGGUCGGUGGAGAGAUAGUACAAGCAGUAGCAUAUGAUGUCCCAAUCCCCGGCUAUGGGACCAAGACGACAAAUAACCUGCGUCUGUGGUCCAGCAAGGCGAGCAGUGGCGAAUUCGAUUUCCAAAAGUUCAAUGCAGGCGAGUACGAAAGCGCCGUAUCUGAUCAACAACGGGCAGAGGCCAUCUCUGCCGUGCUGUACCCAAACGACAAUUUGGACCGCGGUAAAGAGCUCCGCCUGAAGCAGCAGUACUUUUGGUGUGCUGCUUCUCUUUGGGACAUUGUACGGCGGUUCAAAAAGACUAAGCGCGCUUGGUCCGAGUUCCCUGAACAAGUCGCAAUUCAAUUGAACGACACCCACCCCACUCUUGCAAUCGUCGAGCUACAGCGCAUUCUAGUUGACCAGGAGGGUCUAGAAUGGGACGAGGCCUGGAGGAUUGUCGUUGGCACCUUUGGUUAUACCAACCAUACUGUUUUACCGGAAGCUCUGGAGAAGUGGUCUGUCCCUCUGAUGCAGAAUCUGUUACCGCGGCACAUACAGAUCAUUUAUGACAUCAAUCUGUUUUUCCUACAGUAUGUUGAAAAGAAGUUCCCUCGCGACAGGGACUUACUAAGCCAGGUCUCUGUUAUUGAGGAAUCACAACCCAAGAUGGUCCGUAUGGCGUAUCUGGCAAUUAUUGGCUCUCACAAAGUCAACGGAGUGGCAGAGUUGCACUCUGACCUGAUCCAAACCACCAUUUUCAAGAACUUUGUCAAGAUCUACGGCCCUGACAAGUUUACCAACGUGACAAACGGAAUCACGCCUCGACGCUGGCUCCACCAAGCUAACCCCAGACUCUCUGAUCUGAUCGCUUCAAAACUAGGUGGCUAUGAUUUCCUCAAGGAUUUGACACUACUGAGUGGAAUCGAGCGUUACGUGGACGAUGCAGAUUUCUGCAAGGAAUGGUCAGAGAUCAAGACUGCAAAUAAGGUCCGUCUCGCCAGGCACAUCAAGGAAACCACGGGAUACACAGUUCCCCCAACAGCUCUCUUUGAUAUUCAAGUUAAGCGAAUUCACGAAUACAAAAGACAGCAGCUAAAUAUUUUCGGUGUUAUUCACCGCUACCUGAAAAUCAAAUCUAUGACACCAGAAGAACGAAAAAAAUUGGUUCCUCGGGUGUUAAUUUUUGGAGGCAAAGCCGCACCGGGGUACUGGAUGGCAAAGACAAUCAUCCAUCUGAUCAACAGUGUAGGAAAGGUGGUGAACAAUGACAGCGACAUUGGCGACCUUCUCAAAGUUAUCUUCAUCGAAGACUACAACGUGAGCAAAGCCGAAAUCAUCAUUCCUGCUUCGGAUAUCAGCGAGCACAUCUCGACUGCUGGCACGGAGGCCAGUGGUACAAGUAAUAUGAAGUUCGUACUGAACGGGGGGUUGAUUAUCGGAACCCUUGAUGGUGCCAAUAUCGAAAUCACACGAGAAAUCACCGAAUCCAACGUCUUCCUUUUUGGUAAUUUGGCCGAAGACGUCGAAGAACUCCGCCAAAGCCACCGAUACGCAGGUUUUACCCUGGACGACAACCUCGCCAAAGUCUUUGACGCUAUCCAAUCCAACACCUUUGGCGAUGCCGGAUCCUUUGAGCACCUGAUUGCCUCGAUCGCAGACCAUGGCGAUUAUUAUUUGGUGUCUGACGAUUUUGAUUCGUAUAUCAAGACACAGGAGAUAGUUGACAGAGAUUUUAAGAAGCGGGACGAAUGGAUUGCAAAGUCCAUUACUAGUGUUGCGCGCAUGGGCUUUUUUUCGACGGAUCGCGUGAUCGAUGAGUAUGCGGAGAGUAUUUGGAAUGUUGAGCCGUUGGUUGUUGAGUAG